AUGACGGCAUCCGCGUUGAUAAGUACGGUGGUGUGUGCAGCGGGCGCGGUGACGUCACGCGGCGGGCGCUGGGCGGGCGCGGCGGCGGGCGCGGGCGCGGCGCUGUGUGCGGGCGCGCUGCUGCUGCGGGGGGCGCUGCGUCGCGCGCGCGGUCCCAAGGGGACGACCCGUCGUCGCUGGGAGUACGGGUCGGGAGAGUUCAAGUUGCGGCGUCUGCUCGAACGACGUCGCUUCACGAGGGUGCAAUCGGACGAUUCUGAUGAUGAACCGGCUCCGAUGCUGCCGCCGCACCACGCUACCGCCUGACUCUGCCGUUGAAACACUAAUGCACGAGUUCUCAGUCGACCAAGCUGGUGUUAGAUACUCAGAACUUGGA